UCAAAUCAGUCCACAGCUUCAAAACAUCCAAUCAGGCGUGAGUCUGGACCUGGUUUUCUACUGAACACACAAGUUCAUUACCUCACUAUCACUUUGUCUAAACAGGAACAAUGAUCGCACUCUUUGUCGCUUUUUACUCUCUGCUUUGUCUCUGCACAGCUGUAAAAACUUCUGACAUCAAGAAGCUUCACGUGAAAACAGUAAAGCGUGGAGAAAAUGUAACUAUGGAGUGUAACAUUAGCAGGGUCAAAGACAAAGAUAAUUUAUUUUGGUACAGACAGAGUUUUGGAAAAUUGCCUCAGUUAUUUGCAAGACCAUACAAGAGCAGUUUGGGCUACACAUUUGGUGAGGGAUUUAAAGAUAGCCGCUUCAGUAUUACUGUAAAUGAUCAUAAGUUUGAUCUCAACAUUAAUGAAUCAAGAGAUGAUGAUGGAGAAGAUUAUUUCUGUAUAGAAGUUGAUGGAAGUUUACUAAAGUUCUUAUCUGGAACACGUCUGCAAUUUGAAGGUAAAGAGAUGAAACUCUGUCCUACACCUGGAACGGUUAACAAGAACACAGAUUCUGGUACACUCCAGGGUUCAGACAGCAGCGAUGGAAAAGGUUGUACUGAUCAGAUGCAUGUGUUGUUCUGGCUCUCCAUUGUUAGAGUUGGAGUUCUUGCCUUCAUGAUUAUUGUCUUUCCAAUAAUCCUCCUUGUUUUCAAAUUAAGAUCAAAUUAGAAAUUCAAAAACAAAUGGAAGAAAUACUGAUUUAAGAAAACAAUGUGUUAGAUUUAACUAGAGCUAAUUGCUUAUACUGGCUGUAUACUGGAAUGACUUUGGUCUAACUGUAAUGUGGAGGUAUUUACCAGCUGUACUUACAGCUGCAUUUAAGGGCUCCUGAGUGGCGCAGUAGAAAAUCGUUCCCCCUAUCGUCUCGAGCUCUAAUUCAAACGAUACCACAACCAUCUCUGGCCUGGAGUCCAAGAGAGCAAAAUUGUCCAUGCUCUCGGGGAGGGAGGGACAUACUCUCUCUCCCCUGUCAAUCACAGCAACACUAUCCAAUCAUGGGCAUCUGUGAUUGUGUUAUUCCCCACAUGAGCAGCACUUCGAAAAGAUGCAGCUGGCUGGCUUCACAUGUCUCGGAGAUAGCAUGUGAUAGCCUUCACCCUGCCUGGUUGGUAGCUGUUGUGUGAUGGGGAGACCUAACUGGAGGGAGGGAAUUGGCUAUGAACAAAUUAGAGAGAAAGUCAUGGAAGAAUACAAAAAAUACAUUUAAUUAAAUAAAAUCUAAAGUGAAUAUACAACGCAGUAGUCCUCUUUAUCUAUAUGAUUUUUUUAAAUAACUUCAAAGAUAACAUCAUAUUUUCCACAUCACAUCAUGUACAUGUUUGAGAGUCCAGGGAGGCGUAUUAGACAUAUCACAUACAACAAAUUAAGAAAACGAUAUCCCUCAGUUUGUAAUAACAUGAGUCAUGCUGCAAAGUAUGUGAAAUAAAAAUGAAAUGUAAAUAAUAACUUUGCAUUUCAUCAGUCAUUAAUAUACUUUUUUUUAUCCAUUUUAAUAUUUAGUAUUUGGAAUUUAAUUUCAGUUUAAGCAGUAGAAUCUAAUCAGUAACGCAGUAACCACACGUUUUUUAUAUUUAGUCCUCUUACAAUUUAAGCCCCUUAAUAUUUAUGGAAAUAUUAUAGAAAUAUUGCAACCAUUAAAUAUUAACCACAAAAUGUGUACUCAGAUUUGAUAAUAUUUAUUCCUCAAUGGUAUAGAUGUAUGGAGCCGAUAUAGUGCACAAGGUGACACAGAGGCCUGAAAGUGAUCUAUAUGACCUUAGAUAGGAAUGGGUAGCCUGCAGGAAAUGUAUAACACAGAGGCCUGAAAGCACCCUAUAUGAACUUACAUAGGCAGUGGUAGCCUCCUAAGUGGGGAGAGCAGGAACAAGCUGUAAAUUUAAGUGAGAAAGGCUGCCUUAAACCAUAACAUAAGCAUAUAUGGGAAUGUUGGGUCUUGUGAAAAACAGGAUGUGGAAGCUUUUUGUCAGUGUAUAUAAGAAUGCCCUUCAGAAGAGUUGGGGAGCUUUUCUCUGCAGACAACUGCUCAGCUUAAUUCUGGAAAGAAUAAAGUCUAAUGGCGUCAA